AGUUCUUUGACAGAGUACCGAAGAAGAGACGCAGAAUAAUACGUCUAGUAACAAGUACCGGCGGCCUUCACAAAACUCUUUUGCAUAUGUAAACAGGAGAGAGACAGGUCUAGGUCAACAAAGGUAUUCCUAAACGCCCGCGGGAUUAUUUUUUUUUUCGGCGGCGGUUCCUAUUUUUUUUUUUUAGAAUUUUGUGUUGUGACUGAUUUUAGUGUUUUUGUGAUGCAUUCGACGAGGAAUGUUUUUUGUUUGUUAUGUACUUUACUUCAAGUGAUAUCAAUUUAUGGACAAGAUUAUGAAGUUAGCGAAAUCCAGUGUACGUUCGCGAUAGGUAAUAAUGCGGGAUCUAGAGAUUCGAUUAUAGCAAAACUGCGAAAACCCGAAGGAUUCAAAGGACACCCGUUGUUCGCCGAUGAUCGAGGAGUUGAUGCGGAAACUGAUCCAUCUUGUCAGAUAAGACAGGAUCCCAGCGAUACGACGUCGCUCAAAUAUAUUUUGAAAAUUUUUGAUUUCAGUCGAUGUGGAGUUCUAAAGAGAAACGGAUUUGUUCACGUCCGCGUAUGGUUUCCACAAUUUCCAGGGGUCGUUAUGCAAUCAGAUCAAGAGUUGAUAAUAAUGUGCAAACCACCCGAACCGACUGUAAUAGAAAAUAAGGCAGCGGGUUUUGCAGGAAGUUUUCCACAUGGUGCUAGAGUAUCUGGUGUGGUAGAAGAAACUCCAGGUCGUUUGGAAUACGAAGUGGCGUUGUAUAAGGAAGCACCUGCAGCUAGAAUCAGUAAUAUAUCAAAUAGUGAAUUGCCAGUAGAUCAAGCAGUACCAAUUGGUACAAAAUUACAAUUGAGAGCAAGGAUAAGUCCGGAUUCAGCAUGGAAAUAUGUCAAAUUAAUGGAGGUUACAGUGAGUCCUGAUCCCGAUGAUCCUCACAUGACUGGAAGCGUAGCUUUAGUCAAAGAUGGAUGCAGAAAUAGAGAUUUUUCGUCAAUAAUCCCACAUCAACCAGCUCGAUACAGAGAACGCCCUAACGAGGUAUUUCUCGAUUUCGAAGCUUUCCUCCUUAGCACCAUGAAAGAACGUUCGACUUUAUGGAUUCAUUCUCAAAUAAAAGCUUGUAUGGAAGCCACAGAUUGCCAACCCGACUUCUGUUUAGAUUUAUACGAACCUUCGGGGCAUGGUAGGAAGAAGAGAAAAGCUGAUAUCGUCGAAGUCAUCCAGCAACCAGAUGGCUCUUCUUAUAAAUACAAUUCCACACACUUUACUAGGAUACAAGGAAAUUUGGAAUACACUGUACUAAUGCCAGGAGAAUUUUAUCAUAGAACGCAAAGUAUAGAAGGCAGUUGCAGUACUUUUUUGGUUGUCGCUGCUAUUUUAGGGGCUUUGUUGUUUUUGUCUGCUUUUAUCAUGUGUUGGCUGGCUACUAAAUUACAUACUACACUCGUCGGGGCUAAUAACAAUAAUAAAAAUAUAGAUCAGCUUGUUAGGGAUAGUAGAAGGUUUUCAGAUUCCGGAUACACUGGACGAGCAACAACUCAGUGAACCUAUUUAUGUGAGUUUGAAUGUUUUAUACAUGAUGAAUAUUCUCAAGUAACUUCCACUUUAUAAAUUCAUUCAUUUCUAUUUGUUUUUCAAAAACUUUCAGUAGCGAGCAAAAAAUAAUCAAGACUGCAUAAAUUUUGAUAUAAUAAAAGGUACAAGGGAUUGAUUUUAAGGUUAGAAAGUUAAUAAAUCGGCCUUAAAACUAUGAAUAUAUUUCUUACUUGCAAACUACUCAAACUUUGUUUCGUCUGCUUUCAAGCAUCUUGUAUGUAUUUCCGUGUACUAUCAUCUUUUUUUUUUUCGUUAAUAUCUUCGUUUUUAACAGUUCAUUUCUUCCAAAGUGAAAUUACCUCUCUGUUUUUAUUUAUAAAAUCACAUCAAAAUAAAACAGUCAUAUCAAAUAAUUUCAAGUUUAUCUAUGGCAUAGAUAGCAAUCCGAAUACAAUCACAAAACAUAAGUUUUAUUCACGGAUCCGAUUCCGAACACGUAUAUGGAAGGGAGAAUAAGUGUUAACAUGCGCGGACGUACUAAUGUCGUAAGCUGUCAUUUUGAUGAUACCUUCGGUGGGAAAUGUGAAAAUACGAUCAUCUAUAGGCUUUAAAAGUUACUUCUGAACGUACAACAAAAUUCUGAUAUUUUGUAACACAUAAUAACACUAGAGAAAAUAAGUAAACAUGAAUUUGCAGAUCUCUGAGAACGUACGUCAGGAAAACUUUUAUAAAAUGUGUAAUAACUCUGUAUUAGACUUCUCACAAAGAAUAUUCGACAUUUUAACUUCAAUCACUGUAAAAUUUACCAAGAUGUGCAACUAAAAGAAAAAAGGAUCUUGAUGUAUAUUCUUAAUGAAAAUAAACAUAACCAAUAACUUGCAAAUUGCCUCAGGCAAUAAUCUUCAACACCAAAUCAGCUGUAAUAACAAAAACAACAGUGCUGCCAAUUGACGCAUAAUCACCAUUUCAACCUAAAAUUAUAAAUCUUGAAUAUUGUUACUUAUUUUAACCCUACUUUACAACAUUCCUUUUUUUGUAAUUACAUGACCUUCACAUGAAAAAAUCAAAAUGGGCGUCUUACGAAAUUUGGAAACGCACUCUUGUAAACUUUUCCUCCCCUACAUAUCUCUAAUUCCGAAUCAAUUAACGAGACUGAUCGCAUGCGUACAAGCAGUGUUCACAAUUUAUAUUGAUUACGAUUUCGGUAAAUCAAUAUACUAAAUGGUUUCCUAAUCAGGGAUGCGCAUUUUAACGAUCCUGAAUUGGUUACCAGUUGAAUCGAAGUCUACAACGACCCGCAAAGUUAUUUAAGUUGGUAAUCCGGAUUAGUGACAUCCUAACUAACUCUACAAUUAUUUUUGACCAUGUUAUUUUUUGCAUUCGCCUUUAUAAAAAAAUAGUUUCGGUUUAGUUAUUAUUUAAUUUGUGAUUAAAACUUUCCAGAUAUAAAAUUUUAUAUUUUCGCUACAAAUCUAGUAACUUUUUUAGUUAUUUCUAGUGGUGUGAUUCAGGUUUUUAAAAAGUGCUUGUGUUUUGUCUAUGCAGUGUACUCUACUACGUUCACUUUGUUAAUGGAUAUCAUGGACGUCGGAAAUCAGGUGUUGACAGAUUUUAAAUUACACAAAUUCUAGAAUUUGAUUUCAGUUCAGUUGAAUUGUUCAAUUCUAAUAAUACUAUUGUCUAUAGAAAUAACCAAAAGUCAAAAGAUAUUUUAAACUUGUACUUUUUUCUGGUAAGUGAAUUGUUGUAUCUUAACUGGAAUAAUUAAAUUGAUCCCUGAUAAAUGGUUUAAAACAGAUUCAGAAUGUAUCUAUGACAACUAUACACUACUUUUUCUUUAUUUUACGAAGCUAAAAUAUACUAUUAAAGUUUAAUUCCACCAUAAGUUCACUACUAAAAUCGGUAUUUUAGGACUUUUUUCGUGUUAUGAAUAUUGAAAAAUAUCACUGCCAGUGCAAAAUAAUUAACUUUGUGAUUGUGUAUGGCGUCAAAUUAAUUUUCAAGAUUUUUUAUAGAUCCCUUUUAAAUGUUUAUUUAUAAGUAUUUAUUUUUAUAUAUAAGUUUUGUACAUAAAUUUUAUUGUUUGAAUUAUAUUGGGAAUAUCUUCAAAAAAGAAAUUUCGUAGAUGCUAAUUCAUUUGAAGCGUUUAUAAAAUAUCUUUUAUCAUAAGAAAUUUCCAAUUUUUGGGUCGGUGGACAUAUUUUAAAUUUUAGAGGAUUUUAUUUGCUUUGUAGGUAUGUAUUUACACCAAAUAUUUUUAAUUUAUUGUAUUUAAAUCGAAUAAAGUUUUAUUACUACACUUCUUUUAAUCAUCAAUGUACAGGGAGCAUCUUAUUUUGGUAUAAUAUAUUAGAAAUUGUAACAA